AUGCGAGUGGUAGAUACUCGUGGAACAAGGGAGGAGACAGAAUUGGGUGACGGAGAGUCACAGGAAGUCGUCGUCCAGGAUGGAGACCUGGAUAUCGCCGGCUCUAUUGAAAGCCAGGAGAUGGGGGUCUGGAGACCGACGCCAUAA